GUGAUUUCCGAGCAGCUCUGCGGCAACACCCAAGAUGCGGGAGCAGCUGCCGCGGCUGCGGAGACGCCAGUACCGAGCCGCAAACCCAAGUCCGAGGGCAGCGGCGGUGGCAGCAAGGGCCGGACGGGCGCUGGAGACGACGACACGACGAACCCUCUGGCGAGGCACGCGAACCAGUACAAGGUGAGCUACAAGUGCGUGAGGUGCGACCUGGUGAUGCUCUAUGUCCCGAAGAUCAAGUUCGAGGAGAUCACCAAGCAGAAGACCUUACAGGAGUCACAAGGGCCGACGCCAGAAGAGGUGAGCUCGGACGACUCGUUCGAGAAGGAGGGUACCUCCGACGAGAAGGAGACGCCCUGGGUCGAGACGAAGACCUCGCGAGCGGCCGAGGAGCUGGACAUGAUGAGGGACAGCACCAAGAGGCCAGCCGACAAGCAGGUCAAGAGGCGGACGCCGAGAAUCUCGCCGCAAGGCGGGGAUCAGCCGUCCGGCGUCAGCGACGCCAGGCAGGACGUCGUCACGUUCGGUGUCGACGUGGAGUACCCGAAGGAGGACGUCAACAUGAUGGACUACACCUGGGUGGUGGAUCAAGUGAAGGAUGUGAAUACGGCGACCGACCUGUACACCAAGACGCUGAUGUAG